UAAUGACGCGAGUAAUUUCCGGCCACGUUAAAAUAGCUUGUUUGGGUGAAAUUUUGGCCGGAGCUGAUUAAUGGAAUAUUGUUAUUUAUAAAUUCAUUCGAAUUUAAAUGUGCGUGGUAUAGUGUAUAGGCUGCAGUAGGCAAAGAACUGAUAAAGAAUGGACUACUGGUCGAUCUGUUUGUUAUUCGUUUCGUUGUUCGGUACGAUAUUACGAACUGGUGGCGUUGAGCUAACCUUCGAACUGCCUGACAAUGCGAAACAAUGUUUCUAUCAGGAAAUCGAAAAAAAUGCAACAGCCAUGCUCGAGUUUCAGGUUGUCACGGGUGGACAAUACGACGUAGAUGUAACUUUAGAAGCUCCGAAUAAAGAGGUCAUUUAUAGACAAAUAAAAACGCAGUUCGAUUCGCAUCAAUUUACAGCGUCGGUGACUGGAGCUUAUAAAGCUUGUUUUAGUAACGAGUUUUCAACGUUUUCACACAAACUUGUCUACAUGGAUUUCCGAGUGGGCGAUCAACUUCCACUCGCAGGUCUCGGUGACCAUGUUACCGUCAUGACUCAGAUGGAGUCUUCCGCGGAGAAAGUCCAUAAGAAUUUGAACAACAUUCUAGAUUAUCAAACUCAUCAUAGAUUAAGAGAAGCGCAAGGUCGUAAACGCGCGGAAGAUUUGAACGGUCGUGUACUCGUAUGGUCUGCCAUAGAAACAUUUACAAUGUUACUUGUAUCUGUGGGCCAAGUGAUGGUUUUAAAGACUUUUUUCACGGAUAGGAAGCCUUAAUACAUUCUGUGGUUUACCACCGAAUAACGAUGUUUUCUUGGUCCGCGAUAGAAUAAAUUAUCCAUUUGGGUGGUGCAAAACAACAUUGUACGUAAUGUUCCAAAAGUUCUAGCAGUCACAGUGCCAUGUUAACAUUGGCCAGUUGUUUCUUACGCCCUUGUUUCGUUGCGGACAUGGCGGUACAACUCUGUUAACAGAUGGAAUAUUCUAAUAAGAGAAACUUAUGUGUAUGAGGAUGCUGUGUAUGCCCGUUCAUGUGUGUAUUGUUUGAAUAUUAAGUUAUAUGAAAGAUAGAAGGUUUUUAUGGAUAUCUGCUCAGAGUUAUAACAGAACAUGAAAACAAUCUGGCUGUUAUAUCUCUUCCAAUGGUGAACUCUUAAGUUGUAAUUAUACUUCGGCACUGACAGUGUAACAGGCAUUGUCAUAGAAAACACAUUUUUCUUACUCGUGCAUAUGUAACAUAAUAAAUUAAAAUAAAUGCGCGUA